AUGACCAGUUCCCUCAACGGAAUCCAGCCAUUUGUCAAUCCUAGCCUUGCCCAGCCAAUUGACUCCCUGACUUAUACCUCACUCAUCAUGCAUUUAGAGCUUGGUUCUCUUGCUCGUUCAUCGCGGAAAGUGCUUCUUUUCACUUUGUACAGUGGCGCAUUAAUCUCUUCCUCCACCACUUCGCCCAAGCCCUCGUCCGAAGGGAUCGAAAACCUGGUAGAAACCUCAAAUUACAACAGAACCCGCAUUUUGCUUCAACAACGCGACUUUUCAGCUGAAAGCGCCGGAUUCGACUACGCCAACCAAAAAAUCCAAGGUGUCAACAUCGGCGGGUGGCUGGUCACAGAGCCGUGGAUUACACCAAGCAUCUAUGAAGCUGACAAUCCUGCCGUGAUUGACGAGUUUACUCUUUGUCAGACUUUAGGGCAACAUGAAGCAAGUCGGCGUUUGCGUAAACACUGGGAUUCUUUUUAUACUGAGGGCGAUUUUCAUACUAUCAAAUCCUACGGACUAAACCAUGUCCGCAUACCUAUUGGUUAUUGGGCCUUCGAUAUAUCUGGAGGAGAGCCUUACGUGCAAGGGCAAUUUGAAUAUCUAUUGAAAGCUGUCGGUUGGUGCAAAGAUAUUGGGUUAAAAGUAUUAAUUGAUCUGCACGGAGCCCCAGGGUCGCAGAACGGCUUCGACAACUCUGGAAAAAGGGGUGAUAUUAGUUGGGAUGAUGACCAAGGCAACGUGGACAGGACCAAAGCCGCACUUGUUCAGUUGACAAAGGAAUUCUCCAAGCCACAAUAUGCCCAAGUCGUGGUCGGAAUUCAAGCUUUGAAUGAACCCGCUGGGUUCAAGAAUCAGCAUAUGGUUGACACCAUCAAUGAGUUUUACAAAGAUGGAUACGACAUUGUGCGCCAUUCCGGAAGUCAUUCUGGCGAUGGCUCGCAAACUCAUCUUCUAUACAACAUUCACGAUGCUUUCCUACCAUUGAGCACUUGGUCCCAUACCUUUCCACCUCCUCGAUACCAUGGUGUUUCGCUUGACACACACAUCUACACCGUUUUCACAGUUGAAGGCAACAAAAUGAACGAACAGGAGCGAAUUCACGAGUAUUGCCGAAAAAUCCCUGACUUGCAAGCGAGUCAGUCGAAGAUUUGGACUUGGGUCGGUGAAUUCACACCAGCGCCUACAGAUUGCGCCCCACUUUUGAAUGGAAUUGGCAGAGGUGCACGCUACGAUGGCACCUUUGAGGGAAGCACCAGGGUCGGAGAUUGUCACCCAUAUACUGGCCUGGCUUCACACUUCUCGGAGGAAUAUAAGGAAUCUCUCGGAAAGUUCUUCCAAAUUCAGACUCAAGUUUACGAGCACGGAUCUGGCUGGUUCAUGUGGACCUUCAAAGCCGAAAAGGCCGACGACUGGAGUUAUGACGCAGGUGUCAAGGGCGGCUGGAUUCCCAAGAACCUCGAUCACAAACUAUACGAUGUUCAUUGCUAG